AAUCUGGUUUUACAGUGUAUUUGGGUUCAUUGUACAGUUUUGAAUAGAAUGUGUAUCUCUGUCACUCUAUUCUACAAUUCAGUAAUCCAUCAUCAGCUGAUAAACAUGUGAUUACUGUACAUUAAUGUGUAGUAGUAUGAAGCCUUCAGAGAGCGGUGCACAGUCAGGGCAGGGCUGGGGGGGCUCCAGCAUCGUAAGAGAGAGAGAGGGGGGGGGGGCUCGGCCGUCGUUGUGAAUGAGGGCCAGCAUGACGUCAGGAAGCCAAUGUCAACAAUGCAGCUCCUAGAGGAGAAAAGGCGUUUCAUCCUCACACACACACACACACACACACACUGACACAGGAGACGCGUCUACCGCACACCGACUGAUGCCCACGGUCCGUUAAAAGCAGCGGUUCUGGCCGUGGGAGGGCUGCGGAGAUAAAAACAAACAGAAAAAACGAUGUGGACUCACUCUUUUUUCUGAGGAACUGAACGAAGACGAGCAGGAAAGAAAAACGGGGUGCUAGAGGGAGUUAUGUCGGCAGGCGAGGACGAUGGGGAGGCGGCAGCGCCCGUGUACGUGUACGAAUCCAAGGUCCACUGCGCCAACGUGCUGCUUAGCCUGGAGGAGCAGCGACGGCAGGGCAUCCUGUGCGACGUGACCGUACUGGUGGAAGGAAGGGAGGUGCGCGCGCACAGGGCCGUCCUUGCUGCUAGCAGUCGCUACUUCCUGCAGGCGCUGCUGGGUCACAAUGGGUCACUGGGCGAAGUGGAGCCCAUCAUUAACCUGCCAGACAAGGUGACAGCUAAGGGUUUUGCUCCACUGCUCCAGUUUGCCUACACAGCCAAGCUGGUUUUAAGUCGGGAAAACAUCCAUGAGGUCAUCCUGUGCGCUGACUUCCUGGGUGUUCACAAUUUGGAGGACUCUUGCUUCCGGUUCCUUCAAGCCCAGCUACAGAAUGAUGACCAACAUGCCAGUAAUAGCAAGGUGGAAUAUGAUGACGACAUCACGGCCGAGGACACAGUCUUUUCGGAGGCAAUAUCCUUGGAUCAUUCUACAGAGAUGAGGCAGCAGACCAAUCAUGUAGCAAGCACUGCGUCACUUCCCGCUGACCUUUCUCAAUGUCCCAAGUACAGGAAAUAUCAGUACCAGAUCUGUGACAGCAAGCACAAUGGAGAAAACUAUCAUGGCAGUGAUGAUGUCAUUUUGGCCAACCAUACCUCAGUCAGCCCUGUGAGCUCACAGCUCACAGACAGCAGUGCUGCUCAACAAACUCUCCUUACACCCUCCAGGAUCAAAGAGGAACAAUUUGUGUUCGAGGAAGAAGGAGACGAAAGGAGCGGUUGCAACCCAGAAUUAUGUACUGAGGAGGUACUGGAGAUGGAGCUGGAGGUAGAAGGGGUUCCAGUAGCAGCCGAGCACUCUCCGAGCAGAGGUUCACCCUCUUCCUGCCUGCGCUCCUACCUCCAGAGAGGUGGCCUGGAUCUCAGUGGUGUGCCCAGCACCACCAUCCAGCAGCUACUCACCAACAGACUGUCCCUCAACCACUACAGGGAACUGGUCAAAGACAGGCAGAGGGAUAAGAGGGAAUCUCUGGGUCAAGUGGACCUCAAGACCGGCAUUACAGAUGUGAUACCAGCAGCGCUGACUGGCAUUGGCAAGAACAUGGAAAGGCCAGUGUCCAACGCCUCAUCCUCUAAACAUGAAGGGGAGCUAGACAGAUGCAGUGUCAUUUUCUCUUCAGCAGCUGGUGAGCGACAAAUGUUGGCACAUUCUUACAUGGAUGACAAGUUCAGAGAAAAAGUCUCAACUCUGAUGCAGGUAGAAGCUCCUUCUUCCGGCCGGUCAUGCCUCACCACCAGCUGCCCUAUUCCCAUCAAGACAUCAGCCCACUCCCCUCCUCCUUCUGAGCCCCGAACCCAGACUUCCAGCUCCCGGUCCUCAUUCUCUUACCCAGAGGACACAGGCAGUGGUAGCUCACCUUCCAGCCUUCCCCACUUUGACUUCUCCUCAUCCCCGCACUCAGGCUCCACCUCUGGACUGUCUCACUGCUUGGCUGGGGUAAUGGAGCAGAGGAACCCCCACAGCGGAGAGGUGGUCUUCUCUCAGGGUUGCACCAAGAUCAAAAAUGAACGUGGAUUCGGUGCCAGUGGUGGCAACUCCAGCGACGAAUCAGGCUCUUUCUCAGAGGGAGACAGUGAAAGUGGCCUCUCCAGAGUCUCUGGCCCUGAGGUAAAGCUGCCCUUCCCCGUGGACCACAUCACCAACCUGCCACGCAACGACUUCCAGAUCCUCAUCAAAAUGCACAAGCUGACCUCAGAGCAGCUGGAGUUCAUCCAUGACAUCCGCCGCCGCAGCAAAAACCGCAUCGCCGCCCAACGCUGUCGCAAGAGGAAGCUGGACUGCAUCCAGAAUCUGGAAGGCGAGAUCCGCAAACUGGUGUGCGAGAAGGAGAAGCUGCUGAGCGAGCGCAACCAGCUGAAGGUCUGUAUGUCUGAGCUGUGGCAGAACCUCUCCUUUCUCUCCCAGCAAGUGUGCAGGGAGGUACAGGGCACCCAGCCGCCUCCCGUCUCCGCCAGCAUCGACCUCACGUCCAACCCACCGUCGCCUUCCUCUGACGAGGGUUCGUUCCAGCCCAGGUUGCCUGUGUCGCAACAGAGUGACGCCGCGUGUCUGUCUGACGUGGGUCCCAGUCAGAGGGGACUGGAGGAUAGGCAGCCUGGGGUGGAGGUGUCAGGUCUGGGACAGGAGAACCCAGAGUGUCCACUGGUGCUUGGAUCCACUGAGGAAGUAUGUAGCCCCACUGUAACAGUGGAUUUCUGUCAGGAAAUGACUGAGAAAUGCACAACAGAGGAACAGGAGAGACAGAAGUAUACAUAGAGUCUGGAGGGUCGGUGACACACUCAUACUUGUCUAUACCUUGAUAUUUGAAGUAUUUUCUUCUUUUUUGUAAUAGAUGACACAAGUUGUCUUAUCAGCAAUACUGUUCAACAGGUAUUUUUGGACUGGUGGUAAAACAAAAACACUGGCAGCUUUCUCUCUCUCUUUCUCUCUUCUUUCUGUCUCAUCCUGACCUUUUCUUCCUGUCAGCUUCCCUCCCUCUCUUGUGCAUCAUGGGAGGUUAAACUCAGGAAUUCCUCAGAAUGUUCACUAAUGUCCCUGUUAACAUGUACAUACACUUUACUUUACAGUCCUGUCAAAUCUUGACAAUUACUUAAAUACAUACAACUGAUUUGUGGUCAAUUAUUCAUACUGGACCUCUAAUUUUAAGCAUCUGUCACUUGUGGUUCACCAAAGCAAUAGCUCAACAGAGUGAGAGUGAGAUGUUCAGUUUGUUAUCAAUGUCAUGUCUGUUAAGUACAGAGCUGGAGUCAGGACGUGGUUAGCCUAGCUUAGCAUAAAGAUUUGAGGCAGCGUGCUGUGUUCAAAAGGAAAACACAUGCUUAUUAUAUCUAUAACAAGUCUAUGGCGGACCUAUAAAUGAAAUAAUGUGUUUUUAGAGCAUAGACUGUAUAUAAAGAUGGACGAGGGAGUAAGUGAGGAAGCAAAGCCAAAAUAUUCCGAAUAUGGUCACUGCCAUCUUACGCUGGUGUCAUAAUUUGGAGCCAGAGACUGUGCAGCAGUAAACAGGGUUGGAGCCGUGGUUUUCAUAGCAUCAAAUAACUUAUUACACCCAAAAUGAUCCGAAAAAUGAACACUUGAACAUACAUCAGCGUCAUAAGAACUAGCUCAAAUGAGAUGAAACCAUCUUUCCCACCUGCUAACAUAGGUUUAUGACCUAUACUGCAACCAGACACCAGGGAGCGAUGGAGAUGUUUUGGCUUCACUUUUGGGGAGUUGCCAUGGCGUCCAUCUUUAUAUAGACUUAAUGUUUUAGAGUGCUGAAACGAUUUCUCUAAAAAUAUUGUUUUUUUUGUUUUUUACAAACCUGGCAGCCACACUGUGACAGUAAUGCUGCAUUUAGGCAAAGUCAGCAGAAUUGGAAGAAUAGAAAAAAACUGUUCAGCCAUUAUUCCAAGAUGUAUAGUCACUUUUUAACUUGCUUAAAUUAGCUACUUUUGUUGUGUUCUAUGUGUGUAGUUGUUAAGUUAGCUACAUUAAUUAUAUUCGUUUUAAUAUUUUUUUUAAUAUUAGAUGUAACAUCCAGCAAUGGUGGCUUUGCUGUCAUUUUGCAACCUAUAUCAUACAUAUACCAUCACAGUACAUUGCUGUUUGUGUUCAGGUUAAACUAAGGAGAUACUUGUUAAUUAGUGCACUCUAGAGUAGGCUGCUUCCACUCUUUAUGCUAAGCUAGGCUAGCAACGUCCCAACUCCAGCUCUGUAUUUAAGACAUCGAUAUCCAUCGUCUAACUUCACUCUAAGAAGGAAAACAAAUAAGUAAAUCUUUUAAAUUACUCACUCUAUGCUACAACAUCAAACAGCUUACCUUUUGUCACAAGACUGAGCAUUUUAGUGGUCCCAUAAUUGUUGAGUGACACAGGACUUUAAAGUGAAAUGUUACCAAAGGUGUGUAUUUUUUCCAAAUGUUACAUUAGAUGAAAUGGUCAAAUGAACUCACGUUAUGCAAAGUUGCGUUAUCAAGCUUCACGUUUACUUUUUGUUGUACUCAGAUGGACGUUUCUACACAUUUCUCCCUUGUUUCAAAUCUGUGCUAGGAGACAGAGCUACAUUACAAAGUCCAAGCACUGCCCAGCUCCUCCAGGAAAUGACGCCUGGCAUUGAAUAUAGGUGAACGCAUUGUGACGUUGGCACUUAAAACAAGCCCCCAAGCCAUCACUUGGUGUUCAGAUAGAUUAAAGGACCGUACCAGUGUCGAUUUAUAUUUCUGCCAACAAUUUUCCAAAGAAUGCUGUAGUGUUUCUCAGUUGAUUUCAUUCACAUCUGCUCUGUGUGAAAAUCAACAGAAUAUGCAGAAUAGUUAAAGUUGCUUGAGUUUGGUAUAUCAUUACAUAAUUUCAGAUUUUGUUGCUGUCAAAAUUACACAGAUAGUAGUCAAACUGGGUGAUGCUUUAUUUUAUAGGUUCCUAGAGUCACAAUGAUUUCCUAACUAAAAACUGUAAGGUUCCUGGAAUAAUAAUUGUAGGGAAAAUGGAAAUAGAGCCUAAUUGGUACACUUUCUUUUGAAGGUCCAGUGUGUAACAUUGAGGAGGAUCUAUUGUCAGAAAUGGAAUAUAAUAUUCAUCGGUAUGUUUUCAUUAGUGUAUAACCACCUGAAUAUAAGAAUCAUUGUGGUUUUGUUGCCCUAGAGUGAGACCUUUUCUCUACAGAAGGAAUGGGUCCUUUUUUCAGGUUGAACCGCCAUGUUUCUACAGUAACCUAGAAUGGACAAACCAAGCACUCUAGAUACAGCCUUUCACAGUUUUGUGGCCACUGUAAUGGAAGGUGAGCUGUUUUCAGUUGGUUGCAAUCUGCAACAUCACCACUAGAUGCCACUACUAAAUUACAUGAAAAUUCCUCAGAAAUUAUAUUUUUAUUUCAUAUUCAUUUUAUAUGAAUGAUAUAGGAAUUACAGCGCCUCUUAAAUAAAGUGUCACCAGAAAUUCGUAUGGAUAUAUUCUAAAAAAUUCUAAAAUGAAUGAAAUUAAAUAACAUGAUGGAUUUCACGUCUCAAGAAACUCUCCUAGUUGAUGUAUUCAUAUAUUAUACUCUAUAUAAAUAAUGGAAAUCAAUAGCUGUCUGCAGUGUCCAGAAAACACAGUCAAAAAUCUAAAACACUAUAUUAUACUUUGGAAAAUGGAUGGUUGUAAUCUAAAGUGACUCCUGUUUAAUGGGCUAAAGACUAUGGUGUGGCCACUUAAACAACAGCUUAAACAAAUCAUAAGUGCUCUUUUUGACCCAUUUAUUUAUUGUCUUAUAAGUAGUAAGAAUUUAGUGUUUGUGGUAAUAAUGUAUUUAGCUGCACUGUUCUUGUAAUUGUACAUAAGACGAAUAUCCCUACUAAAUGUAUGUUGGUGUAAGACACCUACAUUUUCAAAUUAACACAUCAUAGUUGAAUUUGUGCAAACACUAAGCAGAAUGAUCAAUUUCUACUUACAAAUCAGUAUACCUAAUAGCGCAUGGUAUGAAGUUCAAAGCUCCAAACAAACACACUGGCCCAUUAUUGAUUUAGGGAGAUGCUAAAUUCAUCUGCUGUUGAAAAGUCAAUGGUGAGGCACGUGGCAGGGCUGAGUGCUGCUUUACAGUGCAGCAUGUCCACGGCAUUACGUUCAGCACAGCAAGGUCAAACUAGAGUUUGAAACUGCAAUUGGCAAUUUUUCAUUGCACUUGAUUUCUCAGAAAUGUAUUAGCUCUUAAAAUAAAGGGAUUCUAUUUCCCUGUGCGGUUUUGUGAAUGUAAAACUGUUAGCUUGAAAGAAAUUCAAAUAUUAGAUUUCUAAUUGGCUCAAGUUAUUUCCAAGUUGUGAGACAAUACAGCUUGGUCAGUGGCCCUGUGCUUCAAAAUAUGACGCUGUAGGUAUCCCUCUAGUGUCAUUUCCGGAUGCACUUGCCGUCAAAGACAGGUGGCGUAGUAUGAAGAAUCGGAAAGUCCACAUAUAGAGGUGGUGGGGUGGGUGGAUGGAUGGCUGAACAAGCACAGGACUUUAACUCGGGACACAGCUGAUAGAGUCUUGUGUGAAACCAAAAGUCAACAAUUUCUUUUAAGUAAAAUAAGUUACGUUUUGUUCAUGUAACUAAGUUACGCCUGGUAUGUUAUUUAAGUUACAUUAUUUAUUCAUGUACGCAAGUUACAUUAGGUAUGUUACAUAAGUUGUGCUUGUUCACGUAUGUAACUUAUGUCAGGUAUGUUAAGUAAGUUACAUUUUGUUCAUGUACUUAGCUACAUCAGCUACUUGACUAAACAUUCACAUUUUUCUAAGUAGUUUUUAUGCCUAAACUUAACCAAACUGUGCCCGUUUCACAACAUUAACCACACAAGCUUUAUUUUGAAAAUGUAACCAGAUGUUACAUAUUUAUUGUUGCUAACUUGACCACAGACCCUGCACGCCCAGAAAUGACCUUAGAGGGAUACCUACACUGUCAUAUUUUGAACGAUUUAACGAGUUGAGAGUGAGAACAUGUUGAUUGAAGGCAAAGAGAACUACCCAUGAUAUCACAAUAGGACCUGUUAGCCAAUGAUAAUCUCAUUAGAAUGUACUGAAUGCUCAGAGUACACCGAAGAACACUACUCAGCUGUUUUUUACUUCCUUAAUGUGAACUUGUUCAUUUAUUUAUUUGAACUCUUGUUGUUGGGGGUUGGGGUCGGGUGUAGAGGAAAUUGCAUAGAUGUAAAAUGUAGGUCACUACCCUUUCUUAGAAUUUGUUAAUGGUUGUAUUUUUUUAAUUGUUGAUAAGUUCAUGAAAAAUAGGUUUUCAUUUAACACAUGUACUUAAGUUGUAAUAUUUGAACUUAAAGGGGUGUGAUUAUGUUUACAAGUUUUGUGUAUUACCUGUUCUGUUCUUUUUGUUUUGUAAAGAUAUAAUUAAGACCUGGGAAUUAAGUUGAAUAGUUCUAUUUUAUUUACAUAAGUUAAAAGUGUUGAUGAAUUUUGAGAAAAAAAUAAGCAUCUGACAAGUGCAGCUACAAUGUUAUGCCUUAGAGGUUACAGAGGCCAAACUAUCCAGUGAGGGAACAAUGGAUUUUAUUCAGAGGAAACUACACAGCAGUUUUAAGAAACUGUUUUGCAACAGCGUCAUAAAAAUAUUGAUGCGACCCAUUCUGACCCUUGCUGGGGUUUUUUUUGUGAUGAAGCCUUGAGAGGCAAAGACAAUGAGUGUACAUUUAUUUAAGCAUUUAUUUUAAGCUCCCUUUUGUGAUAGAUAGUGAAAUCCAGCCAUGUACAUUUUCCCCUCUGAAAAUAUGGAGGCCCAAAGUGUCAAAUAAGUAAUAUAAUCAAUAAAUACAGACACAAUGUGUAAUAUAACCAUGAAAUAAUUACACAGAUUUUGAAAUAAAAACAGCUGGAAUUAUUAAAUUAAUUGAAAAAAAUGUACCUGUAAUAAAUUGAAAUAUGAAAAGAAAUAACACUUCAUCAUCUUAGUUUAAAAAGUGAUAUGAUUAUUUUAGAAAUUCAUGGCUACAUUAUAUAUUUUGUGUGUAUUUUUUAAUAUGAUUAUUUGUUACAUAACAUUUAUAUAUUUAUUUAAUAUUGACGACUGUGGGUCUCCAUAUAGAAAAGCCAAAUGCUCUUGUAAGUGUCACCAAUAAUAAUAUAGGUCCAAAAGUUUAAAAGAUAAAAAUGAACUUGGAAGUUACACUUAAGUAAACUUCAAAACGAGGCAUCAAAUCAUUUUUAGCGUUAAAUAAUCCAUUCUACACAAAACACAGAUGAAUUAAAGCUAUGAAAUUAUUCUGUGCCUCAUUUUGGCUUUAAGUUUACCCCUCUUCUUCCUCUCCUCACGCUAAAAUGCAAAUUAAAUCAUCUGUUAGUUUAACUGAAGGCUGCACUUGUUGCAACAAUUGGAUCUUUCAAGUUGUUUGCUCUGCAUUUUGGUCCAACUCUGAGGACUCAGGGUACAAAAUGGACACUGCACAAUAGUUCUCAAUUAUGGAAGUUGAAUUCUGAAGAAUAGUCACUUGUCAUAAUUUUAUGGAAAAAGUUAUGAACAAAUCAGAAGUCUGACAUUAAUAUUGAAAUUAUGUCUUAUUUCUCACAUUUCUCACAUUACUCUCAGACCUCAAUGGCCCUAAUCAUCUUCCAUAUACAGCAAAUGCCAUCACUGUCUUGUAGUAUUUGUUGACUAGUUAGCAUGGAGCAUCUGUAACCCCAGUGCAAUUUUGAAAUUCAAAAUGGUGAAUUUAAAGGAAGUUUCUUUUUUUCUUGUAUUAGCCCAUUGACUGCAAAAUCCAUAUACUUUUUAUUACUGCCAACCAGUCUUUAAAGCAGCUCUAGAUGAUGUUCUGCUGUGGUUUCAUUUUGUUUCAGUAUGGUACAAAAGUUUACUCAUGGAGACUUGAAACUUGUCUGAGUUAGGUAAUACAUCACAUGCUUUUAAUGUUGCCAGAGUUACAUUAUUGUUGUGUCGUAAUGCAAUGCAGCAUUUUCAGACCAAUCUACACUUACAACUGCAUCACCAUGCUACAAAAAAACAAGAGUAAAAGCUGACAUGAUGUUCACUGUGAUACAUUAUCUAACGCAAGCAAGUUUCAAUUCUCUGCACAGUGUUCCCCACCUUUUCCUUUAGGGAGCCAUUUUCUCCCAGCGAGUAAACUAACUGACAUAUUUUAUGGAUAUUUCAUAUUAUAUUCAAUGCAAAACAGUAUAGAACAACUGAUAAACUGUACAGUGAACACAAGAACUGCAGGAAGUUUGUGAAAAACCAGAGACUUUAAUUUUGAGCAGCUUAUUUCCGGUGAAUAUUGAUCAGAGAUGACUUUUCCUUACAUUUUAGGAACUUUUUACAAAAUUCUCUGUCUGUAUUAUGUAUUUUUUUUUUAACAAUCAUACAUUCUUAGCUCUGUAGCUCUUUGGUUGUUUGAACUUUUCUAAAGCAGGACGAGGCUGUUUAUCAGAGACUGAAGGCUCUGUGAAUAUAGCUUGUGUUCAGGUCUUGCCCGUUGUGCCCUUAUCCUGUUAAGAUCUUAAAUAAUAAUCUAUAAAUAAAGUUAGGUUUCCUCACAGAAAUGCACAGAAUCCUCAGAUGCAGGCCUACUGUAUAUUUUUAAAGUUUUCUUACACCCCUUAAAAGCAAGAAGGCUUCAUGACCCCCUGUGAAGUUUUGGCGAUCCUGCCAGGUUGGGAACCACUGGAUUAUCAAACUGUACUAAAAGAAAUGAAAAACAGCAGUAAUGUAAGUGCUGCAAAAAACGCUGGUAUAAUUCAGUUAUGAAAAUGAUGUAAUUUAUGUCAUAUGUUCAGUUGUUCUUUGCCAUGUAGCGUGGAUAACCAAGAGUCUGCAUGUUUUCAAAUCAGGCGUGUUAGCAGAAGAUUGGGGGGAAACCUGCAGACUCUUGGGGCCACAGUGAUUGAGAACCACUGGUUUACACAGUAUGCUGUCAUAUUAACAUGACUUCUCAUGUUAACAAACUUCUGAAUAGUCAAUUGAAUAACUCUAACAGGAAGGAUGUUUGACUUUCCAAUGUCUGUGCUAAUAGGCACAACAAUUUAUUAAAUUAACAACUUAACAAGUUAUUGUUUAAAGCUGCAGUUGGUAACUUUUAUAAAAAUAACUUUUUGUCAUAUUCACUUUCACCAUAUCCUGACAGUAGUACAUGAGACAGAUCAUUUGUAAACAAUCAGGUUCCUCUGGCUCCUCUUAGUGCUCCUAAUGGCAUUUGCAAAAAUCUACCGGGUCUGAACAAAAACAACCAAUCAGAGCCAAGAAAGAUAGUUGAUUGUUGAGUGUCAUUCCAUCGAAUACCGAUGCUGGGAAUGAGAUUCAACAAUCAACUUUCUUCAAGCAACCAACAAAUGUAAAUGACAUUAGGAGCACUAGGAGGAGCCAGAGGAACCAGAUUUUUUUUUUACAGAUUCUCUGUCUCAUGUUCUACUGUCAGGAUAUAGUUUCAGCCAAUAUGACAAUAUUUAUAAAACUUACCUACUGCAGCUUUAUACCAGUGUGCAGUGGUUAUCAGGGAAGAGUUUCCCCUUAUGGAAGUUAGUAUUUUGGAAUCAAAUGCCUUCAAUUUGCAAUUACACAACAUGGUGGCAGACUGAAGGAAGUACUUAUUUAAUCCGAUCUGUUUACAGAACACGGUAAUCGGGGCCACUUGAAUCUCAGAUUCUGACUUUUUGAAGUUUAGUUGAACGGACUUUAAGCACUUAUCUACCUGGACGAUUCAGCAUACCUCUUCUAAUGGGUAAGGACUGUAUGAUAGACAUGUAGAGUUUCUGUGGCAUUGUUUCUAACUUUUUACAGUGGUUACUUCAUUGUAUUUGUAGAUUUUGGUGAGCCAUUUUUUACGUGUCCGUUUUUGAGCAACCUGCAACAUGACUGUUACAUGCAGAUUCAGCAUUUUUUCAUUCAUUUUUUAUCUCUGAAUGUUCGAAUGGCCUGUGUUUAGAUUUUUUUUGUAAAUAUUGUGCAACAUGUCAUGUUUUGAUUAUUUGAUAUGAAAAAGGUUUUAAAUGACAAAAAAAUGCAUUUUGCCUAGGCUAUCUUUCUUGAGAAAUAAAAGAAAAAGCAUGAGAACUGGA